AGGGAAUUCUUUAUUCACGGGAGGAAAGAGAAAGAUCUCAGUGGACCCCUCCCAAAUUGAGGAGGAUGGAAUCGACCCCACCAGAAGAAGGAUCGAGCAUGAAAUAUCAAUGGAUAAAUCAAAGAACAGAUAUUCACCAGAUGACCUGGGGCCAGAUUUUGUCGUGGUGGUUCGCAGCAAUGAUGGCCUCAACAUUGGCCGUCUACAUCCUACAGCCACAACUAGAAUUAUCUCAGAGAACCAUAGGGGCUAUAGUCACGCUAAGACCACAGGCGCCAACAGAAUGGCAAUCUACUUCAAUACUCCAGAAGCAGCGAAUAAGUUCCUGGACUCCAACACCUGCAAAAACAAUAACUGGUCAGCGGAAAUUCCCAUCACAAGAAUUACUAGAAUUGGAGUCAUUGACAACUUGGAUGAGGUUUUCACUCAAGAAGAAUUCAUGGAGGCAGCAGAAUCAAACAUCAAAAUUGUCUCAGCUGAGACCCUUUCAAAAAGAGAAGGUGAAAACUGGAUUAGUUCCAACUCUUGGAAAAUUUACUUCUCAGGACAAAGACUUCCAAAGUACAUAUCCCUCUAUGGACUUAGAACUCCAGUGCGAGAAUACGUCCAAACAGUUAAGAGAUGCAGAAAAUGUGCCCGAUUCGGCCACAAUUCAAAUGACUGUAAAGGAACUAGACCCAGGUGUGCCAAAUGCGGAGACAACUCCCACACUUUGGACAACUGUGUACCGUCAAAACAAAGGUACUGCAUCUACUGCAAAACUAGCGAACACUCAUCUGAAGAUAAAGAAAUUUGCCCAAAAUGGAAAAGCGAACGCGAAAUCAGGAAAAAAAUGGCUAGAAAGAAUAUAUCAUACGCUCAAGCAGCCAGAAGCUCCCACCAGAGACCUGCACCCCAAACUUGGUCUCCGCAUAGAGAACAAUUCCCCAGACUUCCUAAACAGAACCUCCAGGAUAAACCAACCAAGAAUCCAACCAGCCCCCCUAGAAAACAAGGGGAAAAAAUCCCUAUUUCAAGUGAGAUGUUUGAAGGCUUCCUUAAAGUCUUUUCCAACCUCAUCGAACAAGUGGUCACCCUGGCUACAAGUGCCAGCGACAACCGCACCACGCAACAAGUGGUGGAACAAGAAAUGCUCAAGGUAUUUACAACAGAACUGGAAUAUGAUGUCCAACCCGAGACCAUUGAUAUUGAAUCCCAAGAACAAAUGGACUGCUUCGAAGCCCCUCCUGAACCCCAAAAAUCCGCUCAGCCCCCCACCGACCCAAGCAACUCAAAGCAAGGCCCUCCUAGACCCAAAGCUAGGAGCUCAAUCCCACAAAACAGGGACUCUAAGACCAAAGGGAAGAAACCUGCCCAGGGCAACCAAGAGCUCAAACACGAUAAACCAAACUCCCACAUAAUCCAGGAAUCCCAAAUGUUCUUCCUAAACCAUAAGAAAAUGGGCCAAUACUGGAUCUUCAACGGACUUCCCCCUCUAGGAGGACGUGGAAACACCAUCUGCGUCCACACAUCAGUAAAAUUUGAAACCAUCUCUAUAGACCUACCUGAUGAUAUAGGAAUAGAACUUACAGGAGUAAAGAUACUCAAAGAAGAUAAUCCACUCUACAUAUAUAGCAUAUAUGUCAUUCCAUCUAGAACAACAACUCCUCAAAGCUGGUCUCUAGUCUCAAACAGUAUCAAGCAACCUAUGAUAAUAGGAGGAGACUUUAACGCCCAUCACCUACACUGGGGAGAACCCAGAAACGAUCCAAGAGGAACCCAGGUAUUUGACUGGAUCACCUUGAAUGAUCUGACUCUACUGAAUAAGGGCCAGGCGACCCGGCUGGGCAGGAACAACCAAAGAAACACAGUGAUAGAUCUAGCCCUCUCCUCCCCUACAAUCUCUCUAGCAACAGAAUGGGAAUUAAUGGAAGACUCAAUGGGAAGUGAUCACAUCCCAGCUCUGAUUACCAUCCAGAUGGGUAGAGGAAUCUCCCCACUUAAAAAAUUCUUUACAACAAGAAAAUGGAAGAUAGAAGAAAGGGACUGGGAGAAAUAUCAAGAAGAAAUCAGAAAUCAUGGCAACCAACUCUGGAAAAAACAGAUAAACCUCGCAGCAUACAACGAAUUAGUCGCCCUCAUGACAACAGGUAUGGAUAAAGCAUCAAAAAAAAGAAAGGCUAUUUCCACAGGAGCUAAACAUGCCCCAAAACCAUGGUGGAACCAAGCAUGCCAAGAAGCUGUAGAAAAAAGAAGAUUAGCCCUCAGAGAACUUACUCGUCAUCGAUCCCCAGAAAACCUGGAAGCACUAGAUGCCAUAAAAAAAGAAACAAAGACUCAUCAACAUAACAAGAAAUGA